UUCUGCAGCAGCUUCUUUGGGAUCCCAGCGCGCCCGACCGUCCUCUCCGUCCGUCCCCGGGGGUCGCCGUCUACGCAGCGCUAUGGCUACCCAGCAGAUCGUCCUUCAGGGCCCGGGACCGUGGGGCUUCCGCCUCGUGGGCGGCAAAGACUUCGAGCAGCCUCUCGCCAUUUCCCGGGUCACUCCUGGAAGCAAAGCUGCCAUAGCUAAUUUAUGUAUUGGAGAUACUAUCACAGCCAUUGAUGGGGAAAAUACCAGCAACAUGACGCACUUGGAAGCUCAAAACAAAAUCAAAGGAUGUACAGAUAACAUGACUCUCACGGUAACCAGAUCUGAACAUAAAAUCUGGUCUCCUCUAGUGAAUGAGGAGGGGAAACGUCAUCCAUACAAGAUGAAUUUAGCUUCUGAACCCCAGGAGGUCCUGCACAUAGGAAGCGCCCACAACAGAAGUGCCAUGCCCUUUACUGCUUCGCCUGCUUCCAACGCUGCCCACAAAGUCAUCAAGAACCAGUACAACAACCCAGCAGGCCUCUACUCCUCUGAAAACAUUUCUAGCUUCAACAGUGCUGUGGAGUCAAAGACUACAGCCAGUGAGGAGGAGGCAAAUGGCCGACCCUUAGAUCAUUCCCAGCAUUCAGGCAGCCUCAUCAUUGAAAAAGAAUCUGAAGUUUACAAGAUGCUUCAGGAGAAACAGGAGUUAAAUGAGCCCCCCAAACAGUCCACAUCAUUCCUGGUCUUGCAGGAAAUCCUGGAGUCAGAGGAAAAAGGGGAUCCCAAUAAGCCCUCAGGAUUUAGAAGUGUUAAAGCUCCAAUCACCAAAGUGGCUGCAUCUGUCGGAAAUGCCCAGAAGUUGCCCAUAUGUGACAAAUGUAGUACUGGCAUUGUUGGUGUGUUUGUGAAAUUACGGAACCAUCACCGUCACCCUGAGUGUUAUGUGUGCACCGACUGUGGUACCAACCUGAAACAGAAGGGCCAUUUCUUCGUAGAGGAUCAGAUCUACUGUGAAAAGCAUGCUCGGGAACGGGUCACACCACCAGAGGGCUAUGAUGUGGUCACAGUGUUCCCCAAGUGAUCCAGCAGCUCUGCACUGACGGCCAUUCUCCACUCAACCUCUACUGUACCUGCUGUCUUGACUGGUGUGGCCUUUCUUCUCUGAGUGUACUGUGCUUCCCUUAGUUUUAGCCUUACACAUUAAAUGUUGGAGUUCCUUCCUAGGCUUUGUGAUACCUGCUUUUACAUUUAUUGGAAAAUGGUUUUGUUCUCUGUCCCCUUGCCAGCAACACUGUACCUUCUUUACCUCAGUUCUUUACUGAAAAUGACCUUGGUCAUAUUUUAACCAGCCUAAAUUUAGUAUGUCUGAUAUUGA